CAAGUUGAAGAAUUGGCCUAAGAAUAAUAUUCGUGGCAUGACAAGCUAUUCUGGGACGUUGUUAGCAAGUCCCUCAUGCUCGAGUAGACAGAGGAAUCCAUCCUUUGUUGUGCUUAACUGAGAGAGUAGACUCGGUCUCGGUCGGCCCCGGCGUCGACGACCAACCUGGAAGCUAAGGCGGGGAACCUCAACUUUGGCCCCAGGCUCCGAUAGGCGCGGAAGCUCUCCAUUCCUCCCUCACGUCCAUCUCAUCGAACUUAUCUCCAUCCAUUAUUAGCACGCCGUGCGCGCUCAUUUCUCUCUCUCUUAAAUUCCCUAGAUACCCAGCACUCAGCGAGGCCCGUUUCCUCUUUCAUAAUGUCUGACGAUGAUGAUUUCAUGCAAGAUUCGGGUGAUGAGGAGUACGACUUCGAGUACGAAGAUGCGGACGAUGAUGAAUCUGGAGACGUCGGAAUCGAGAACAAAUACUAUAAUGCCAAACAAAUGAAAAUAGACAACCCGGAGGAGGCCAUCGAGGAGUUUCUGGGUGUUCCGGAUCUAGAACAAGACAAGGGCGACUGGGGGUUUAAGGGACUGAAGCAAGCGAUCAAAUUGGAGUUCAAGCUUGGAAAAUACAGCGAUGCCGUCGAACACUACAGGGAACUCCUCACCUAUGUCAAGUCGGCCGUCACGCGGAAUUACUCGGAGAAGUCCAUCAACAAUAUGCUGGAUUACAUCGAAAAGGGAUCGGACGACGACACAGCUUACCAGUGCAUGGAGGAAUUCUAUUCCCUGACGCUGCGCUCGUUUCAAAACACCAACAAUGAGCGACUGUGGCUGAAAACCAACAUCAAGCUGGCACGUCUUUGGCUGGAACGGAAGGAGUACGGCCAGCUGAGCAAAAAGGUGCGGGAGUUGCAUCGGGCAUGUCAACGGGAUGACGGAACAGACGAUCCGAGCAAAGGGACAUACCUCCUGGAACUGUACGCUCUAGAGAUCCAGAUGUACGCCGAGACGAAGAACAACAAGCGACUGAAAGCACUCUACCAACGUGCCCUCCGCGUCCGGUCGGCAGUGCCACACCCCAAGAUCAUGGGAAUUAUCCGAGAAUGCGGAGGGAAAAUGCACCUGAGUGAGGAGAACUGGGAGGAAGCACAAAGCGACUUCUUCGAGUCGUUUCGGAACUACGACGAGGCGGGUUCAAUACAACGGAUCCAGGUGCUCAAAUAUCUGGUGUUGACCACCAUGCUGAUGAAAUCGGAUAUCAACCCAUUCUAUUCCCAAGAGACCAAGCCGUACAAGAACGACCCCCGCAUCUCCGCUAUGACCGAUCUAGUGGAUGCGUUCCAACGGGACGACAUUCAUGCAUACGAAGCCAUCCUGAGCAAAAACCCGGACGUCCUGGCCGAUCCGUUUAUUGCCGAGAACAUUGACGAGGUUAGCCGGAACAUGCGGACAAAGGCCGUGCUCAAAUUGAUUGCCCCGUACACACGAUUCACGCUGAAGUUCAUUUCGAAACACAUCCGGGUCUCGGUACCCGAGGUCCAAGACAUUCUGAGCUUCCUGAUCCUGGACAAGAAGCUCAAUGCCAAGAUCGACCAAGAAAACGGGAUUGUGGAGGUCGAGAGCACUAGCGACGUGGACCGGCUACAAUCCCUCCAGGAGUGGAACGCAUCGCUGCGGUCUCUUUGGCAAGCGACCUUGAACGAAGGGGAUGGAUUCAGGGAAGAUCCCACUCAGCUCCACGGCAUGAGAGGAGGAGGGCCCAUGUUCCAAGCCGGGCUUGGAGACGAAGCACCUGCAGGCUUACGGGCUGGCGGUCGCCGGCUGCGGGGUGGAUACAAAGGCAGAAGCGGCGGCGGGCCUGGAACAAAGGCCGGGCUGGGGGGUCUCUAGUGGGAAUGCAUUGUUCCAUCGGACAUCCAUUCACCCAUCCAUCCAUCCAUCCUCGCUGCGUCAUAUCCCGAUAGAGUGCAAGGAUACAAAGUCAGACCGGCACAUACGGAGUACAGUCGGAAGAAGUGAAAUCACAGCACACACACACACAACAGCCUACCACAGGGAAAACAAUGAGAUCAUGAAGGCCAAUGCGCGCGGGC